AUGAACGCCAAACUUCUCAUCCUUGUCUCCCUCCUCGUCAUCUGCGCCUUCGUCACCGAGACUGAUGCUCAAUACUACGGAUACUACGGAUAUCCAUCAUACGGAUACGGUGGAUACGGAGGAUAUGGAUACGGAAGCUACUACGGAUACCCAUCAUACUACGGAGGAUAUGGAUACUAUGGAAAGAGAGAGGCUGGAUUUGGACCAAGUCAACAGCAAAACAAUCAGUAG